AUGGGUAAUGGUGUUGUUACAAUAGGUGUUGAAGAGGUAAUGAGAAUUGCUCUGUACCUGUUGUUGAACCUGGCUGAGGACACCAGGAAUGAGCUGAAGAUGAGAAAACAAAGAACAUCGAUCCACAUGCUGGUGAAGACCCUGACAGGAGAGCGAAGACUACUGGUGCUGUGUGUCCUUCCUCAGAAACUCAGCAUCUUCCUGGAGAACAAGAGCGAUAUGGCGGAGGUGGACACCGUAGAGCGUUUGUCUCGUUUGGUCCCGUGUGAACAUGAAGACCUGCUGAACAUCACGCUGCGUCUCCUCCUCAACCUCUCCUUUGACACCGGGCUACGCAUCAAGAUGGUGCAGGUCGGCUUGCUGCCCAAACUCACCUCCCUGCUGGGUGACGAGAACCACAAGCAGAUGGCCAUGUGUAUCCUGUACCACAUCAGUGUUGAUGACAGGUUCAAGUCCAUGUUCGCCUACACCGACUGCAUCCCACAGUUGAUGAAGAUGUUGUUUGAGCACGGUGAGGAGAGGAUCGAUGCUGAGCUCAUCUCCUUCUGUAUCAACCUGGCAGCUAACAAGAAGAACGCUCAGCUCAUCUGUGAAGGUACUGGUCUGAAGAUGUUGAUGAAGAGAGCUCUGAAGCUGAAGGAUCCUUUACUGAUGAAGAUGAUACGAAACAUCUCUCAGCACGACGGACCACCCAAACACCUCUUCAUCGACUAUGUAGGAGACCUGGCAGCCCAGAUCAGUCCUGAUGAAAACGAAGAGUAUGUGAUCGAGUGUCUGGGGACCCUGGCUAACCUCACUAUCGCUGAUCUGGACUGGGAACUGGUGCUGAAGGAGUACAACCUGGUACCUUACUUUAAAGAUAGGCUCAAACCAGGCUCUGCAGAGGAUGACCUGAUACUAGAGGUGGUGAUCAUGAUCGGGACGGUGUCCAUGGAUGACAGCUGUGCCGCCAUGUUGGCCAAGUCUGGCAUCAUCCCUGCUAUCAUAGAACUACUCAACGCCCAACAGGAGGACGAUGAGUUUGUGUGUCAGAUCGUCUAUGUGUUUUACCAGAUGGUGUUUCACCAGGCUACCAGGGAGGUCAUCAUUAAAGAGACACAGGCUCCGGCGUACCUUAUCGACCUGAUGCACGACAAGAAUGCUGAGAUACGCAAGGUCUGUGACAACACUCUGGACAUAAUCGCUGAGUAUGAUGAGGAGUGGGGGAGGAAGACUCAGAGAGAGAAGUUCCGAUGGCAUAACUCUCAGUGGUUGGAGAUGGUGGAGAGUAGACAGAUGGAGGAGGGAGAGCCCUUCAUGUACGGAGAGGAUGGAGAGAUGGACAGACCUGACCUCUUCUACAGCACGGACGGGAUCACUCCUGCGUCAGGAGCGGUCAGUCCAGACUUCUUCAGCGAUCCCUACGCACAGAAUGGAGACGGACAGCACGGUGGAGGAGCUGAUGGGUUUGACCUGACCACGGGGACAUCGAGCCGACCGGCCACCGGCUUCGGCUUCAGACCAGACGAGCAGUUCUACGACUACACUUCUUCCAGAUAAACCUUCCCCUUCACAUAGUCUGACCAAUCACCAUCCACUAUGAACACUGACCAAUCCCCUUCACAUAGUCUGACCAAUCACCAUCCACUAUGAACACUGACCAAUCCCCUUCAGAUAGUCUGACCAAUCACCAUCCACUAUGAACACUGACCAAUCCCCUUCAGAUAGUCUGACCAAUCACCAUCCACUAUGAACACUGACCAAUCCCCAUCCACAUAGUCUGACCAAUCCCCAUUAACACCAUCCACAUAGUCUGACCAAUCCCCAUUAACACCAUCCACAUAGUCUGACCAAUCCCCAUCCACAUAGUCUGACCAAUCCCCAUUAACACCAUCCACAUAGUCUGACCAAUCACCAUCCACAUAGUCUGACCAAUCCCCAUCCACAUAGUCUGACCAAUCCCCAUUAACACCAUCCACAUAGUCUGACCAAUCCCCAUUAACACCAUCCACAUAGUCUGACCAAUCCCCAUCCACAUAGUCUGACCAAUCCCCAUUAACACCAUCCACAUAGUCUGACCAAUCACCAUCCACAUAGUCUGACCAAUCCCCAUCCACAUAGUCUGACCAAUCCCCAUUAACACCAUCCACAUAGUCUGACCAAUCACCAUCCACAUAGUCUGACCAAUCCCCAUUAACACCAUCCACAUAGUCUGACCAAUCACCAUCCACAUAGUCUGACCAAUCACCAUCCACAUAGUCUGACCAACCCUCAUUCACUCACCAUAGUCCGACCAACCCCCAUCAACACUUAACACUGACCAACCCCCAUUCACUAUGAACACCGACCAACCCCCAUUCACUAUGAAUACUGACCAACCCCCAUCCACUAUGAACACUGACCAACCCCCAUUCACUAUGAAUACUGACCAACCCCCAACCCCCAUUCACUAUGAACACUGACCAACCCCCAUUCACUAUGAACACUGACCAACCCCCAUUCACUAUGAAUACUGACCAACCCCCAUUCACUAUGAAUACUGACCAACCCCCAUUCACUAUGAAUACUG